AUGGGAAAGAAGAAGGGAAAGAAAGCCGACGAUGAGAAAAAGGCCGCUCUCCAGGCUCGAAAGGAAGCCAAAGCUGAAAAGGCUGCAAGAAAGAAACUUGUAAAGCAGUCUGGGAAUGAUGUCCUAGCUGCCACGGAAGACGAGGAACUCGACAAAGUGCUUCAAGCGUACAAGAGUCAAGACAAGGUUGAAAAUGUGGAAAAAGCAACUCUACAAGAUAUUGAGACAGAAUUUCCUCUAGCGAGAGCAAACGCUACCUUUGUAUCUUGUGUGGACGAGAAGAAGGACUACUUCUAUCUUUUUGGGGGAGAAUACUAUGACGGAAUCGAAAAUGUGUUGCUGGACGACUUGCUUCGACUGGAUGUGGCAAAGCAGGAAUGGAAAAGGGUUCUUACAUCCCCUAGACCACCAGCAAGAUGUGCUCACUCGUGUAUAUCAUAUAAACAAAGUCUAUACGUUUUCGGCGGGGAGUUGGCUACUGCUAGUGAAUACCAUCACUACAGAGAUCUCUGGAAGUUUGACUUGAAGACACUAAAGUGGACGGAAAUCAUGGCUAGAAACCCUCCAUCCGCAAGAUCUGGACAUGCAUGUUUUUUAUGGAAGUCAUAUAUGGUCCUCUUUGGAGGCUUCUUUGAAGCUGCUCGAGAGACAAAGUUCUAUUCCGACCUUCACGUCUUUAACUUGCAAACAGAACAAUGGAUGGCCUUGCCAGCUUCGCGACUGUCCAUGAAGCCGGAGCCACGGAGUGCCUGCAACGUUGGUAUAUUUGGUGACAAGGCUCUUGUCCAUGGCGGUUUUACCAAGCUUAAAACAGCAACAUCUACGACAGAAACAAAAGUUCACACGGAUGCAUGGGUAUUGAACCUUUCUCCUUUGCAGCAACAGAAAGCACCAACAUGGGAACGAUGGAUUUCGUCCGCCAAGGGCAACGCUGAACUCAGACCUCCCAAUGGUCGGGCUGGAACAUCGUCUGUGACAUACAAGAAUCGAUUACUAGUUUUUGGAGGCGUUCGUGAUUUUGAACAACUGCAUCACAAGGUGGACAGUAUCUUCUACAAUGACUUGGUGGCGCUUGACGUGGAACGGCGCAAAUGGUUUCCCCUCCGUGUGAAAGAGAAAGCGCAGGGUGGCAAACGACGUCGACGAAAGCCAAAAGAAGAUGGCACGGAGGAAGAAGAGAGUGUUAACGAAGAAGGCGAGGAGAGCAGCUCUGAUAUCGAAGAGGAGGAUGAAGAAGAAGGAGACCCCAACGAUCAAACUGGAUGGGACAUUGACAUGCUCCGAGCAAAUAUGUUUGCAUUUGUGGACGGUGACGGAAACAUUGUAUAUGAAAAAAUUGAAGACCCCGACGCCAAGGUAGAACCAAUCGAAGAGAAGGAAGAAGAGAAGGAGGAAGAAGAAGAAGAAAAAGAGGAGGAGGACGACGACGAAGAGGAAAAGGAAGAAGAGAAAGAGGAAGAAAAGGAGAAGGAAGAAGGAAAGGAGGAAAAGCCGAGGAGUGGUUCAUUGAUUCACAAGAAGAUCGCAUCAUCGUCGGUGAUGGUCUUAAAUCCUGAAACUCAAGCCCCAGAAGCUGUCGAACGAACGGAACCACUGCCGCGAAUCAACCCAUCUCUGUUGGUUCAUGGGAACAUGAUGUACCUAAUGGGGGGUAUUCUGGAGGUUGGAGACCGUGAAAUCACAUUGGAUGACUUCUGGGCUUUGGACCUUCGCAAACGAGAAAAGUGGGAAUGUCUUUGGAAGGGAACAAUGCACAAUCAAGUCUGGAGGGGCGCUAUCCACGAUGAUGAUGACAGUUACAUUAGCACCGGAAGAGACGAUGAUUCAGACGACGACUUUGGUUCCAGUGAUGACGAGGAUGACAUGAUGCAAUCUCCCGAUGACAAGAAAUCAAAGAAGAAUAAAAGAGCAGGACUGAAAGAGGAAAUUGCCGAACUCAAUGUCAAACACAAUUUGGACGACGAGAAUAGGACCCCAAAUCCGGACGAGGCUCUUGCGGACUUUUAUUCGCGAACAUCCGAAUACUGGAACGGGCAGGCAGCGGAAGCUGUGCUAAAUACCGGCGAAGAGCUAUCCAAUAAGGAGUUGAAACGAGAAGGAUUCAACCUUGCAAAAGUACGAUUUGACGAGCUGAAACCUGUGCUUGAUCGGCUAAUGGAGUUGAGCCUGGAGAGGAAGGCAGGAAAAGAAGAACGGAAAUCGAAAGACGACAAGAAGAAAGACAAGAAAAGUAAACGAAAAUAG